CGAAAUGUAGGUAUUUUGUAGCGAAGUGAUGGUUUUACGCUUUCUCUACACAAGUCUGUCGUUGUUUUGCGACGGUCUAGUCAGGUCUUUAUCUUGCGAGUAUGAUUCUGAUUGUGCAAAGAUAUUCCGUCUGAGUUACAACUAUAUCUCAUCUUUCUUGAAUCUCGCUAGUUCUCCUAAACUUGAAACCAAAUCAUGCGCCAAGAAGAGAAUCUUUUCGUCUUCUCGAAUGCUAUUGCUGGUAGCUCCAGCACUAGUAGUCGUUCAAGAAGGACUCCUUUUCGCUGAUGCGCUGUGUUGGCGCGCAGAGCCGGGAAUCGAGCACGUCUAUGCAGCUCAUCCGCGGACGACGCUCACGACGCCUCUGGCCCCAUGGCUAGUGCCAAAUGGCGGCCCGCAGGAAUGCUGUCCAUCGAUGUCGAAGGACCCUGGGGCUGCUGUUAUGGUGGGCUGGAACGUGAUUUUACAACUAGAACUAGGUUCAAUGAAUAGUUCUCUGUUUGUUCUACUAAAAAACUGGAAGUUCUUGUUCUUGGCGCCAGUCCUUUAUUGUACUAGAACUAUAAUUCAUAUUUCCUUCAUCUAACCCAGGCACCCCCGCCCGACGCGACUGCUUCGAUCACAUCGACAGUGCCAUCGGGCGUUACAAUGCGGAGGAGUUGCUUUCGGACGACGAAGGAUCACUACAGGGAGAGGACAAACUACAGAAAGGGAAAUUGAACAACAACGAUAUCGCUUCAUCCCUGUCAGAAGAAAACCGAGCGCUACUAAAGGAUAUGCGAAACAGUUGUUGUCAUCCGUACAUGCGGAACGUGGAUGAGCAACAUUUCCGUCAUUUUGUGAUAGAAGUGCAGCAGGGAGUGCGGGAUUAUUUGGCGGACUACGUUUUGAGAGUGCGACGAGGAGAAGAACCACUCAGAGUGAAGGAGUCGGAUUCUGUUGUAGCAAGUUCCCCUCCGAAACCAGAAGAUGAUGAAGACACAUUGAUGCUCAAGGUGAAUGCAUCUUUAAAGGACCUGGCUGGCCGUGACCAACUUCUUCUACCUCGUGAUCUAGACCUCGUCACCCUCGAAGCCUUACAGAAAGUCAUCAUCGAGCGUUUGUACAGGCAUUUUGAGAGAAAUACGCUGUCUCCAGAAGGUCGAACGGGGGAUGUUUUCGGGUCAAAGUUGCGCAUGGCGCUUAUCCACCGAUGGAAAAUGCAGUUUGGAAAGUACUGUACUUUCCUUGUAUUUUUUGGGUUUUAUCACAGAGAGACAUGUUCUUUUUCUCGAUUUUUGAUUUCUUUUCUUUUUUUCUUAAGCAAUUAUUUAGCACGACACAUACAAUGCAGAGCUGGUGCUGUUGCUGCGACGAGUGGGGAGCCUUUGUCAGUUUCGGGCGCAACUGGCGCGUGGGAUGGAGCUGCGGCAGCUGGCUAUCACAUGCAUGACGGGCGUUUGUCUGCUGCUAUCGUCGAUCUCAUUCGAAGAAGAAUUGAACAAGUCGACACACCGAGUGCAGCAUUGACUUUUACGUUUGCGGAGAUGAUGAUAAUACGAAGAUGAUGAUGAUGAAUAUGAUGGAUGCUAAACGAAAACAUAGAAGUAACAUCAUUUCAUGUGUUUAUAGAGCAGCAGAAGUACUGAAGCUACUGCCUCCAGAGGAUCCUCUUCUAGCUCUCCUUUCGACCCUCUUCUAGCUCUAACUCCUCCUUAGACUUCGGUUGCGGCCUAGGCUAUUACGUUCGUGACUUGAGGAAAAGUGGCUUGAGUGCUUUUGGUCUUGACGGAAACCCUGCCACAGAGGAAAUAUCCGAAGGUCGUUGCCGGCUCGCAAACUUCGUAGAACCGUUGUUUUGUAGACUACCACGUCAAGAAGGACCAGAGGCAGUGCGUACUCAGGAUGAUGGAGUGUACUGCAGACCGCGUGGAUCUCACAAUGCGACGGACGUAGUUCUAUCGUUGGAAGUAGGAGAGCACAUACCCCCAGAAUUCGAGCGCACCUUUCUGGAUAACCUCGCCAAACACGCUCGCUCUCUGCUGAUCUUGUCUUGGGGUAAUCAACCAGGGACAGGGCAUUACAACAACCUGCCGAUACCUGCAGUGGUACCUAAAGUUAUGCCCAGAAAGCAUGCACAUGCUUCUUGAAUAUAAUGGUAUAAGUAGUACUAUCUAUGCCACAUGAUCAAAUACCAAUAUAUAUAUAAGGACAAAAACGACACAACAUCUAAUAACUUCCUCCGAGCCUUGGAAAGUCAACGAAAUACUACAAGAUCUGUAAAGGCGCUUCAUGGUAGAAGUUCUUUGCAGGAGAUGACACCUUGGAUGUACGAUGCGCGGGAAGCGCGAGCUUUGCGAUCAGCAAGCACGUUGCCUUGGUUUGAACAUACUCUGAUGGUGUUUAGGAGAAUGAAUGCCGUGGCCUCAUGAUGACCUCGUUGAAUUUCUGAAAGUUCUUGGGUGACCACCUGCUAU